UAUUUUAUUGGUGUUACCUUUCUUUAUCUUUUUAACAACUCAUAACUUAUAUUUUCGACAAGUCUUAUUGGGUAGCGAUCUGGUAAACAAAAAAGAUUUUUGUAAUACAAGUAAUGUAUUAUUUAAACAAUAAAAAAGCAUUGCUUAAUGAUAACACCCAUAUAAAGAUACAUCUUUAUUUGUAAGAUAUGCUGAUCUUCCUUUACUGGUGAAUAAAUAUAUGAGGCUAUAUCUAAAAGCUAAAAACUAUAACAAAACAACAACAAAUGAAAGUAAACAUAAGAGACACACUAAUAGAUUUCCCAUUUCAAAAAUCAGUCAUUGACUAUAAAGAACUGAAAUUGUUUAAUUUAAAGAAAGUAAUUAAAAAAAAUACUUUGUAUCAAUGAAAGAUUAAUUAUUAUUUUGAAAAUACUCUAAUGAAACCUUAUUCAAUUACGAAUCUGUCAAUCUGACGUUCUUUUGACGUUCUUGAGAACGCUCACCAUAGACAAAAGCGUAUGUUUUUUCUACAGUUACUAUAGAAUAAGCGAUUCUCUUCGUCGUGUAAAGAUGGCUAGCUACUUAUUCUAUUCUACAGUUUCAAACGCUGUGGCGUAAACUUUUGUAGAAAGAAACUCUAUACUAAACGUUGGUACUUUGUACUUAGCUAGUGUUAACAAAAGUAAAUGGCGUCAUUCUUCAAUCAGCUGUGAGGAUUCUGUUACCUUUUUUGCUUUAUUUUGUAUAUUUUUUUAUUAUUUAGUUUCAUUUUAAUAAUGCAUUCCCUCAACAUGUUGUGGUGCGCUCAAAACGAAGAAAGGUGGCUUAAAAAGCAGGAAAGAGAUUUUAAUCGUCAGUGCGUCGGCACGAUCGAAGUUAUGCCGGAUAGUGAAUUUGUGCAACACUUCAGGUUAAAUAAAUCUACGUUUUGGUCCCUUUGUCAAGAACUAAGAGUAAAAACUUCCUUGAGGGGUUCUCAGGAAAUUUCUCUAAUAGUUAAGGUAAUUCAUAAAAAAUUUUUGCAACGAAUAAACUUACAAACUUAGCCGGUAUGAACCUAAUUUAUUCAAAUAUAACGGUUGUGUCUUUGUAGGUGUUGUGCGCUCUUAGGUUUUUGGCGACAGGCUCCUAUCAAAGGAUUGUUGGUGUUACCCAGCAUGUUGCCCAACGAACAGUUAGCCGAUGCAUCAGACAAGUCGUCGAUGCGUUAAACCACCCUGCUAUCAUGGCGAGAUGGAUAGUAUUUCCGAAAACUCAGCAAGAAAGAGGUUUAAUUAAACAAGAGUAAGUAUGGAACAAAAUGUUUUCACUCAUUUAAGUGUUCCUAUUCUUAUGAUAAGAAUAUAUUUUUGUUCUUUCAGGUUUCAAAGAAGGUUUGGCUUGCCUGGAGUAAUUGGGUGCAUAGAUUGCACUCACAUUGCUAUAGUGAAACCCAAUCAGGAAGAACAUCUCUUUUAUAACAGGAAGGGAUAUCAUUCCUUAAAUGUUCAAAUGGUAGAAUAUAUAAACUUAUAAACUUUUUUUAAACUGUAUUGAAUUGUAAUAAUUGAGUAUUUGAAUCUCUUUUUCUCUUUGAAAAUUGGAACAAUCAUGUAGGUAGGUUAAGUUUUAUGAAAAACAUAUUUUUUUUUCGCAAUAUUUGAAAAGUUGUAUCAAAAUAAAAAACAACUUUUGAAUCCACUACCGAAGACGCGCUGACAACUCCCGAACAAAUCCGAGCGAGUGUGACCGGUGACGUCACACUGUAAUUGUCAAGCUACAUCUAAUUACUAUAAUAUAUCUCUAUGUUACUAUAGCAUAAUAUAUUUUAACAUGUAGGUAUAAUUUUAAAUUUUUGUAUAGAUAUUAUUGUUUCAUCAUGUUACUUUUACUGUCGCCUUUGAUACUUACCGGUGUUACGGAACCGUAAGCGCACAUAGCACGGAACCCUAACAAUAUUAAUGCGCCGCCAGCAGAGUCGACUUUCGCAACCUUUUCUGUAACUUGGAAACUUCCAAAUGCAAAAUCAGCGGAACGUGGACGAAUGACGCAAAUACCGGUGUGGGAACGGAAAUGAAUUAUUUCUAUAUAUUAUUAUUAUAUCAAACUUCGAUUAGUAAUCACCAUUUUAAUUGUAAUGUAAUUUUAAUUCUUUUAAAACUUCGAAUACAUAAUUUCCUUUAAGUAAAAUUAUCUGGUUUACUUUCACUCCUCCGACUGUAGAAAUCAUUUCUGGCGCAGUCGGUAGGAUACUCAAGAAGAUUAGGUUCGGUUCGCGUGAAGAUUUCCCCAAAAAUCGGAACGAAGUCCCGCGCGACUGACCGAUUUCGAGUAUCGAGAAUCUACGAGUUUCUACGGUCGAGGUGAAUCCAGCCAUUGAUUCAGAUAGACACCAGAUAAUGUGGCCAUUCCUGAUGCUUCAUCUCCUGCUUCUAAAUCCGGUGUUAAUGCAAGAGAUCCGACUUGAAAGUCUUAACGAUGGACCUGGUAUUCUACCCUUCAAGUUAGGAUCAGCUAAAGUAAUAUCCCAUUACCAUUCCUUCAUUCAAUACAUUGACCUUCACGAUCUAAGCGAUAGCAUACAAUCUAUAGAUAAUCAAUUACGUAAUUUUAGCCCUGAAUUACAUACUAAAACUAGAUCUCUAUUUGAACCUCAUGUCACUUACCUGGAAACUAAGCUUCAUAACAUAUUACAGCAGUUAAAAACCUUUGAAAGCGAUCGCGCGAAACGAGGUCUCGUAGACGGUUUUGGCUCCGUGAUAAAAAGCAUUACAGGAAACUUAGAUUAUACAGAUGCACAGCGUUAUAACCAAGCUAUUAAACUACUUCAGGAUAAUGAAAAUAAAAUAGUAACCGAGCUUAAUAGUCAUAUUACUUUGUCUAAAGAUUGGUAUAACAUUAUUCAAAAAUUAUUGAUAGUAUAGUCAAAAAUCAAGGUCAGUUAGAAACUCUAUUUAGGAAAAUUAGCGAUAGCAUAGCUUCUAGAGAUGAUGAUUUAAUCAAGUAUGCUCAUUUAGGUCAGAUACUUUUAAUACUAGGUGAUAACGUAGAUUCUGUUUCUCACGAGUUAUAUAAAUUAGAAAACGUAAUGAGUUUCAUUAGAACUUCCACUGUACAUCAUGGUAUCUUAAAUUUGGAUUCCGUACAUGUCAUGAUUGAUAAUGUUACGAACCUUUAUGGCAGGGAAAGGGUGAUAGAUUUAGAAAGUAGAGAAUAUUUUAAUAUAAUUAGGAUAGGAUCUUAUUAUGUAGGAAAUCGCAUAGUUAUAGUUUAUAAAUUCCCCAUUAUUCUCCCUUUUACAUAUGAUAUGUAUAAAUUAUCUAUUGUCCCAAAUCGUAAUAAUGAAGUUCUUAUUCCACCCCAUCCAUUCCUUGUCCUUAAUAAGAAAGAUUUCAAGUACAUAGAGGCAGAAUGCCCGAAGUCAAGUAACUGGUAUAUCUGCGAGAACAAGCAUAAUCUUCAAGGACAGCUCCCUCCAGACUGUAUCCAGGAGCUGAUCACUACCCAGAAGAAGAGCUCAACGUGCACCUCUGUCACUGUUGCCCUGACGACAUCAGCCUACGAGAAACUCGAUGACAAGCACUACAGCGUUAGCUUUCCCAUACCAACGAAAGCACACAUAUCCUGCAGUCAAGAUUCGUACAGAAUAUUACAAGGCAGUUACCUGGUCAUACUGCCCCACACCUGCUACCUGGAGACGUCACAAUUUACAAUAACGAACAUCAACGAUCGGCUGAAAGGUCAAGUCUUGAAACUGAUGGACAUUCCCAAAGAUGACACCACUAUCACGUCUACAGUCCCGAAGGCGAACCUGAACUCGAUCAACUUGGAUCAACUUCACGAGAUCAACACCAAGAUAUCUUUACAAUCACCCCUACAUUUGGAAGAAGAAACUGACUACACUUUGUACCACACGACUAUUCCUCUAUACGCAAUAAUAUUAAGUGCAGGCGCACUCAUCAUUGGUUUGAUAUAUCGACACUACCGAAUGAAACGAGCGAGCAGAAUCCCAGAAACUUCAGAUGAGAACAACUUGGGGAGACAAGCAAUAUACUCAGUUCCUGAAACUACCAAAAGGAUUGGGACCAAUCAACUUCCAGCUCAAUUCACGACAAAUGUCUUUCAUACUCGCUGUUCUACGGGGGGAGGUGUUACGGAACCGUAAGCGCACAUAGCACGGAACCCUAACAAUAUUAAUGCGCCGCCAGCAGAGUCGACUUUCGCAACCUUUUCUGUAACUUGGAAACUUCCAAAUGCAAAAUCAGCGGAACGUGGACGAAUGACGCAAAUACCGAUGUGGGAACGGAAAUGAAUUAUUUCUAUAUAUUAUUAUUAUAUCAAACUUCGAUUAGUAAUCACCAUUUUAAUUGUAAUGUAAUUUUAAUUCUUUUAAAACUUCGAAUACAUAAUUUCCUUUAAGUAAAAUUAUCUGGUUUACUUUCACUCCUCCGACUGUAGAAAUCAUUUCUCCGGUAAAGAUAGUUUUAAGUUAGUGAAGUAAAUAAAUAAAAAAAUAAAAUAAACAUUAAGACGUCACAAGUAUGGUGGCCACUCGUGGUGCGUUCGCAGUCACCUGAUGUAUCAUAUAAUUUUAUAAAUUUUUAAUCGCUCGUAAUUCAGUAAAAAACAUUCUUUACGUUUUUUCACGUUACACAAUUAUUAAUAAAAUUAAUUCAGUUUAAAAAAUGUGUAUUUUUUUUCCACAACCCCAAUUAUUAUAGUAAUUAUUCGUUUUUCGUGUUCUUCAGAUAUGUGAUAGUAAUCUCACAAUAACUAAUGUGAAUGUAAAAUUUGGUGGAUCCACGCAUGACUCACAUAUAUGGUCAUCCAGUAUUGUUGAGUCAUAUAUGCGUGAACUUCAUGAAAAUAAUGAACAAGCAUGGUUAUUAGGUGAUUCUGGCUAUCCUCUACGUCCAUGGCUAAUGACUCCUAUCCUCAAUGCGGCCCAAGGUUCAAGAGAAGAAAAUUAUACCCAAAGACAUGUGCAAGCCAGAAACUGUAUAGAGCGGUGUUUCGGAUUAUUGAAAGCCCGCUGGCGAUGCCUUCUUAAGGACAGGGUUUUACAUUAUGACCCAUUUGUGGCAAGCAAAAUAACCAUGGCUUGUUGUGUAUUACACAAUUUAAUCUUAAAGGCUGGAAUUCCUCAAGACCUCUCUGCAGUACAUGAUGAUGGGGAUCAUUUUUCGCCACUAGAUCCAGCAUCUACUGCUUCUGUAGGCAGCCAAAGCCAUAAUGAGUUACUGCAAGGGAGAGCUGUACUCAAUUGUUUGUUAAGCAGGAUUUGAUAAUUUUUGACAAUUUUUCUCAUUAUUUUUAGUAAAUUAUAUAAAUAACAAAACCUGUAUUUUAUUGCUGUCUUCUUUAUUUAUUUUUUACAACUUACAGCUGUGUGAGACAUAUUAGGCAGUAGUACGGUAAAGAUAAAGAAAAAAAAAAUUGUACAAGUAAUGUAAUAUUUAGGCUA